AUGCAGAACGCCAUUGCAACAUUGGAACAGCUCGAGAAUGUACCUUCACGCAAGGACGGCAUCUCGGAAGAACAGGAAGAACAGCUUCGAUUGUUUGGCUGCGAAUUGAUUCAAAGUGCCGGCAUCCUACUCAAGUUGCCACAAGUAGCUAUGGGUACAGCACAAGUACUGUUUCAGCGCUUUUAUUAUAUGGCGAGUCUCAAGCAAUUUGGUAUAUUGGAGAUAGCUAUGGGUGCCGUAUUCCUUGCAGCCAAGGUGGAAGAGUCAUUUACUCGAUUAUCCUAUGUGGUUACUGUAUUCGAUCAUCUUUUACGACGAACACGGAAUGAGCCAAUGUAUCCACCACUUGAUCAAUUCUCACAGCGGGCCUAUGAAUUGAAAAACAUGAUCGUUGCCAGCGAGAUGCAAAUCUUAAAGCACCUUGGUUUCCAUGUCCACGUUCAACUCCCAUAUGGUGUAUUGAUCAACUACCUGCGUAUCCUUGGACAAGAAGAAAAUCAAGCAGUGGCCAGUAGGGCAUGGAAUUAUUUGAAUGAUGGUUUACGCACCAAGGUAUAUGCAACGUAUGAUCCACCUGUCAUUGCUUGUGCAGCCAUUUGGAUGGCCUGUUGUGAAAAAGAAAUCAAGCUUCCUGAUGGAUGGUGGUUGCUAUUCGAUACAGCCUAUGACGACCUUACCAAUGCAGCCAGGUUGAUCCGCCGAGUGUAUUAUGCAAAGUUGGAUCGGCAGCAUUUGCCAUUAUAUGCUCACGAGAUGGAUAAAUGGCUCGCCAAAUAG